AUGGCAGAGUCGUUGCUUCUCCCUCUAGUGCGCGGCGUGGCCCGCAAGGCGGCAGACGCACUCGUCGAGACCAUGACACGCAUGUGUGGCCUCGACGAUGACCGUCGAAUGCUGGAGCGCCAUCUGCUAGCCGUACAGUGCAAGCUGGCCAACGCGGAGGACAGGAGCGAGACAAACGACUAUGUCAAGAGCUGGAUGAAGGAGCUCAAGUCUGUCGCCUACGAGGCCGAUGACGUGCUCGAUGACUUCCAGUACGAGGCGCUGCGCCGCCAGUCUAAGAUUGGCAAGUCCACUACCCGCAAGGUACUCAGCUACAUCACGCGCCACAGCCCGCUGCUCUUCCGUUUUGAAAUGAGCAGGAAACUCAAGAAUGUCCUCAAGAAGAUUAAUAAGUUGGUUAAGGAGAUGAACACGUUUGGCUUGGAGAGUUCUGCCCGUGGGGAGGAGCAGCAGCAUCCUUGGCGGCAGACGCACUCAAAACUGGAUGACUCUAAGGAAAUAUUUGGAAGAGAUGGUGAUAAGAAGAUGGUUGUGAAGUUGCUGCUGGACCAGCAACAUCAGUGGAAGGUGCAGGUGCUGCCCAUAUUUGGGAUGGGAGGUAUUGGCAAGACGACUCUUGCUAAGAUGGUGUACAACGACAAAGCGAUCCAAGACCAUUUCCAGUUGAAGAUGUGGCACUGCGUGUCAGACAAUUUUGAUGUUAUUGCUCUUGUGAAAUCAAUAAUUGAAUUGGCCACAAAUGGAAGUUCAGCCAUGCCUGGGAGCAUUGAACUAUUGCAGAAGAAACUUGAUGAAGUCAUUGGUCAGCAGAGAUUUUUACUUGUUCUCGAUGAUGUAUGGAAUGAAGAUAAGAGAAUUUGGGAGGAUGAAUUGAAGUCACUAUUGUGUUCUGUUGGUGGACCAGGAAGUGUUAUAGUGGUCACGUGUCGAAACAAGCAAGUGGCCUCUAUAAUGAGCACCGUUAAGCCCCAUGAGCUAGUAUUUCUGUGUGAAGAGGAUUCAUGGGAAUUGUUCUCGAACAAAGCAUUUGGCAAUGGCAUAGAGGAGCAAGCAGAUUUAGUCACCAUCGGAAGGCGUAUUGUCGAUAAAUGCGGGGGCUUGCCUCUUGCUCUCAAGCCAAUGGGUGGACUGCUGAGUUCAAAGCAAAAAGUACAGGAAUGGAAGGCCAUCGAACAAAGUAGCAUUGGGGAUAAUGUUGGAGGCAAAUAUGAGGUCAUGCCCAUACUGAAGUUAAGCUACAAAGAACUGUCAUCUGAGAUGAAGCAAUGUUUUGCAUUUUGUGCAGUUUUCCCCAAGGAUUACGAGAUGGAGAAGGAUAGGUUGAUCCAACUAUGGAUGGCAAAUGGAUUUAUUCAAGAAGAGGGAACAACAGAUUUAAUACAAAAAGGAGAAUUCAUUUUUGAUGAGUUUGUUUGGAGGUCCUUUCUCCAAGAUAAGAAAGUGGUACUCAAAUCUAUUGUCUAUGCUAGUGUCACAGAAUAUGAGACAGUAGUAUGUAAAAUGCAUGACUUAAUGCAUGAUCUAGCAAAAGAAGUCACAGAUGAAUGUGAAAGUAUAGACGAACUGACUCAGCAGAAAGCAUUGUUAAAAGCCGCCCGUCACAUGCAAAUGGCAGAGACAAAAUUGGAACAAAUCAGUAUGUUAUGCAAAGGCGGAACAUACCUCCGAACUUUGUUAGCUCCUUCGGAUUUAUGGAAGGUAUAUUGUUCUAAUUUUCUGAGCAGGCCGCUCAAGGAUUUUAAAGAGUUGCUACAUGCAUCAGCAUCACUAAGAGCAUUGCAAUACCCCCCUUAUUCAAGUAACAUUUGCAAGGCCAUAAAUGCAAAACAUUUAAGAUAUCUUGACAUCUCUGGGUCUAACAUCGUUAGGUUGCCAGAUUCAAUAUGCAUGUUGUAUAACUUGCAAACACUGAGGCUCAUGAAUUGCAGUAUGCUGCAGCAGUUACCAGAAGACAUGGCAAGACUGAAAAUGCUCAUCCAUCUUUAUCUUUUUGGUUGUGUUAGUCUCAAAUGUAUUUUUCCAAACCUUGGUCUACUGAAAAACCUUCACACAUUAACAACAUUUGUCGGUGCUGGAGAUGGCCUUGGGAUAGAGCAGCUCAAAGACUUGCAACACCUUAGCAAUAGGUUGGAACUGUUCAAUUUGAGCAAGAUAAAGAGUGGGGCGAAUGCAAAAGAAGCUAAUCUUGGUCAGAAGCAAAAUCUAAGUGAGUUGUUGUUCUCAUGGGACCAAGAAAUGGAUGGUGAGCCUAGAUAUGUGGAAGAAGUGUUUCAGUGUUUAGAACCUCAUAGUAAUAUCCAAAAACUAGAGAUACGUGGAUACAAUGGCCUAGAAAUAUCACAAUGGAUGAGAAAGCCUCAGAUGUUUGAUUGCCUGAGAGAACUCAAAAUGUCUGGUUGCCCAAAAUGCAAGAGUAUCCCUGUCGUAUGGCUCUCGGUCUCUCUAGAGAUUUUGGUCUUACAGAAGAUGGAUAACCUGACCACAUUAUGCAGUAACCUUGAUGUGGAAGCUGAUGGACACAUUACCCCUCCAAUUUUCCCUGGGUUGAAGAGGAUGGAGUUGAUUGAGUUGCCAAUCCUGGAGAUGUGGGCAGAAAAUAGUGUGGGAGAACCUAGUGAUAUCUUGAUAAUGUUCCCGAUGCUUGGAGAGCUAACGAUCAAAAAGUGCCCCAAGCUUGCAAGUAUUCCGGUGAUCCCCAUCAUCAUCAACUUGAGAAUCAUUGGAGUUCAUAGUAGUGCAGUCGGUUUAGUUUUUAUAGGCAUCUGUUUGGGCUCCUGGCCAUUUCUCGUCAGAUUAGCUCUUGGGUUGCAGGAAGACAUACCCAUGUUGCAUCUAGACGCCCAGCAAAGUCAAAGUCAAAGACCUCUUGACAAACUGAAGCAUUUGUAUUUGGAAGGCCCCAACAGCUUGGUCACAAGCUCCGGAUUGUCCAGCUCACAUCUUAUGGUUUGGAAAUGCUUUUCGUCCGUGAAGGGGCUGACAAUUAGUGAAUGCAGCAAUCUUGUCUGCUGGCCAACAGAGGAGCUCAGGUGUUUGGAUAGCCUCCGCUUGCUGUAUAUCAUGAAUUGCAACAAUCUAGAGGGGAAGACUUCAUCAGCUAAGGAGGAAACCCUUCCACUAUCCCUGGAGGCAUUGACGAUUUCAAGCUGCUGCAGUGUGGUAGCACUGCCUUCUAACCUUGGAAAUCUUACCAAGCUGAAGGGUCUCAAUGUGAGUUGGUGCAAUGCCCUGAAAGCGCUGCCUGAUGGAUUGUGUGGCCUCACUUCUCUUAGGGAAUCACAGAUUUGGGGUUGUCCAACUCUGAAGAAAUUACCGCAGGGUCUCCUGGAGCGGUUGUCAGCCCUCAAACGCGUAAGCAUAAUUGACUGCCCGGAUUUGGAAAGACGAUGCAGAGAAGGUGGGGAGUAUUUCCACUUGGUCUCCCCUGUCCCACUUAAGGAGAUUCAUCAUUGAUGAGGCGUCAUGAAAAUUGAAGCUGCGAAGUAAAUCGCAGCUCGGGAACUCUCAAAUCCUCCGCAACAUGAAGGAAGCAGUGGGCGAACUGUAAGAGGAAGGAAGCCUUGCCUUGUCUCUCUCGUCCGCUCCUAUAUUGCCGCAGGGCGCCGGGGGAGGAAGCAAGGAAUGAUGUAACUGCAAGAGAGGUCCGCAGUCCCUCGUUCGGCCCCAUCUCGCCUCUGUGCACGCCACGACCUGGGAUGGGGUGGGGUGGGGGGCCAACUGUCGUCCUCAUCGGCGGGGCGCAGAGAGGGAAGGACUGUCAGAUGAAGG